UUCUGGGCCUUCUGGCACACUGCGUCAACUCUUUUGCCGAUAUUCCACCGGUUUCUUCUUCUCUGCUCCUCGAUUCUCUCUCUGCGAGAUCGUUCCAAAGGAUGAGUGGUCAAACAGCGGAAAACGAUGUGUGCUCCUCGGCCCAAACUGGUCCAGAGCCAACCAACAUGGUCGUAGAAGCGGAGACCAAACCGAAGAAGAGGAUAUGCUGUGCCUGCCCUGAGACAAAGAAGGUAAGAGACGAGUGCAUAGUGGAGCACGGUGAAUCAGCUUGUACGAAAUGGAUCGAGGCUCAUCGUAUGUGUCUUCGUGCCGAGGGAUUUAACGUAUGAGAAGCAAAAUCUCGUGAUUUCGGAUCAUACAAAAGUAUGUAAUGAUGGCAGGUUUUUCAUUCUUGAGCUCUUCCACACAUAAAGUCAGUAUGAUAGAAGAGGGCGAUAAGUCGUAGGCUUUGUGUUUCUUGACACUUGCAAAAUUCAUUCCUCUGUUACGGAGGAAAACAUAGAUAGCGGAUGGAUUCUUGGCAAAUAUUGCAGUGGAAUAAUGAUAUUUUUUUUUAAGGAUAAACGAUUUUAUUUGCUACUACUGUUAUGGAAUUUUAUAGAGUAGUAAUCA